AUGAUUGCUGAUGACAGUGGCGAUGAUGUUAGAGAAAGUGAGCCUGCUGGGGCAGACAGUGGUUCUAGCUCUGGCACACAGCAGUACCCUCCACAUUUUUCUUCUUUGGACUUGGAUGCCAUGAGGCAGGAGGGGGUUCCUGGGCAGCCAGCUGGAUUUGGCGCUAGAGAUGGUGAAGGGUCUGCAGGUCUGACAGAGUUUCAGGUUGGUCAGCAAUUUCAGGAUAAAGAUGAGGCCCUGUUAAGUGUGAAGACUUACAACAUCCGUCGAGGGGUACAGUACAAGGUCGUGGAGUCUGACUAUCGCCGGGCUGAUGCAUCCGUUAGCAUCAAGGUGCUCCUAAAUGCCACCACCUCACACUUUGGGUUUAGGCCGACGUACAGGAGGGUCUGGUUGGCCAAGCAGAAGGUUGUUGCCCUCAUCUAUGGUGACUGGGAUGAGUCGUCUAACGAGCUCCCAAGGUGGGUGUUAGGAGUCCAGUUGACGAUGCCUGGAACUGUUGCAGUCCUUAAGACGAGUCCUAUUCAUGUCGGUGCACAGCUGGAUGAGUCUCAAGCUUAUUUUCACAGACUAUUCUGGACGUUUCCACCGUGUAUCGAGGCAUUCCGUCAUUGCAAGCCCCUAGUUAGUAUUGACGACACCCAUCUCUAUGGCAAGUAUGGGGGAACGUUGCUUGUCGCGAUUGCACAGGACGGGAAUUCCAACAUACUCCCUAUGGCAUUCGCAUUAGUCGAGGGUGAGAAUGCUGAGUCGUGGGCCUUCUUUCUCUCCCACCUACGUGAGCAUGUGACACCGCAGGCGGGUCUACUGGUUAUAUCGGACAGGCACAACGGCAUCAAGGCAGCGCCUGAGGCUCCUGACGGAGGAUGA